AUGGCUUCACAGAAAAGGGCCGACGAGUCGAGUGAUAGCGAUAACAACGAGACUGUAAGACAUAAUCGGAUCCAAUCGAGUGGUGAUAAUCCCGGAGAUAAUGGCGAUGAGGAUUGGGUCACAUUUGCUGACGGAAAGAGACAAAUCGAUCACAUAUUAGUAUACGAGGAGUGGACUAAAGCGAGGAACGGGAGGGCAGAUAAAUAUCGGGACAAGUAUUUCGCUAAUCUUAAGACUAUGGGAGUGGAAAUGGAGGAGAAUGUCGUACCCCUGCGACCCGUACCCGGCGAGCCCACCACCUCCCAGGGCGACCGGUUCCUACAUUUUGUCAAACUCUACGUACCGUUCCCUCUGAUGUGUACAUACGCCGAGCAGCUGAGUCUGAGGGCACCCCUACAGAGUGUGGCCAACCCAUCGGAGAACUGGUCGGACAAUAUGUUCAGUGCAUUGCGAGUCAAGAAUCCUAUGUAUGAAUACGUGCCCAACAAACCACUCGAUUACUACACCUGUCCCUUCAAACAGUCCAAACUCACCAAGUUUCUCGGCAAGCAUAAUUUAUUUAUGAAUUGUAUAAGUAGCGAAGACCCGGAGCAUUAUUUCACGCGAACCCAACGCAUACGAGUGGUUCACGAAAUACUAGAGUCGGUAUCGUUUGGGAAAAGGAGUUUAGCUCAGGUGGGGGUCAACCGACUUAUUGAACAAAACAUAUUCACCGCCUCAUAUCCAUUACACGAUGGUCCAUACGAAACGCCAAAAACCAUUAGAGAUUCACAACAUUAUAAUAAACGCCAAAUACUGUACUACUAUUGGGCCCAAUGGUCCAAAUGGUAUAAAUACCAGCCCCUCGACCACAUCCGGGAUUAUUUCGGGGAGAAAAUUGCCAUUUAUUUUGCCUGGCUAGGUUUUUAUACGGGAUGGUUAGUACCCGCGUCAAUUGUGGGCAUAUUAGUUUUCUUAUACGGAUUACUUAGCAUAUCAAGUGAUGUACCCUCGCGAGAAAUCUGUAAUAGCGGUGAGAAGUACGUGAUGUGUCCGACGUGUGACGAGCACCAGGGCUGUCAGUAUUGGCACUUAUCCGAGAUAUGUCUCUAUUCACGCCUUUCCGUUAUGUUCGACCACUCGGGCACUGUUUUCUAUGCCGUUUUUAUCUCAUUCUGGGCGGUGGCAUUUCUGGAGUACUGGAAACGGAAGUCCGUGUCAUUGGCCCAUCACUGGGACUCAAUUGAUUGCAAUGAGGAGGAGAGACCGCGACCACAAUUCAGUGCAAAGGCUCCAUAUCUCGAACGGAAUCCCAUUACCGGUCAUAAAGAGCCCGCAUUUCCCCAUAGGAUUAGGUGUUUCCGUAUGGCAGCCGGUUAUAUGACUAUACUAUUAAUGUUAAUACUGGUGUUAAUCUUCAUGUUAGCCGUCAUUAUAUACCGAAUAAUAUUGGUUUCGAUGCAAUCGUUUCAGACGCCGGGUAUGCGUCCCAUCGCUUCACUCAUAGCCACCUCUUCCGGCGCUUUCGUGAACCUCAUACUCAUUAUGACUGUCGGCCGGGUAUACGAAAAGCUCGCCUAUAGGCUCACCGAAUGGGCUUCACUCAUAGCCACCUCUUCCGGCGCUUUCGUGAACCUCAUACUCAUUAUGACUGUCGGCCGGGUAUACGAAAAGCUCGCCUAUAGGCUCACCGAAUGGGAAAUGCACCGGACACAAUCGGAGUUUGAUAACCAGUUGGCGUUCAAAGUGUUUAUAUUCCAGUUCAUCAACUUUUAUUCAUCCAUUUUCUACAUCGCCUUCUUUAAGGGCAGAUUCGUAGGCACUCCGGCCCGGUAUGGCUCACUACUGGGCCUUAGGAAUGAGGAGUGCAGUAAUUACGGGUGUCUUAUGGAACUGACCCAACAGUUGGCGAUAAUAAUGAUCGGAAAGCAAGUGAUAAACAACGCCCGGGAGAUACUGGUGCCCAAA